AUGGCAGACAGAAAGUCGAGUCAUAAAGAGGGGACAAUCGCGUCGUCUUCUUUGAAACGGUCUCAACGCUGUCUGGGCUCGCGAUCGCCUAUCAGAACCCGAUCAAAAUCUUUAGCGUCGAAAAGAGAUUUAUUGAGUCAAAGUGUUGGUUCAGGGGAACUGUCGUUCGCUUCCACUUCACUACACACUCAAGACUAUAGUGUAAGCGAUCUCUCGACUAAAAGCAAACCAAACAAACGCUUAUCAGAAGAAGACUCCUCUCCCGGAAAAAAGGCUAAAAGGGAAUCGACUUCUUCUAUAGAUAAAGACUUGAUUGCAAUCAACUUAAGUCUUAGUAAAGAAAGGGCUGUCCCUUCGUCUUCAGUCGAUAUCCCGAAACGCAAAGGAAGGCCACGAAAAAAGUUCUCGACUUCUGAUUCAUCUCUACUUCAGUCAUCUUCUGGACAGACAUCACAUACAGAAAGCUCCCAAAGGAGUGGUUCUAAUCAGCCAUUUGUGGCCACCGCUGACCACUCGUUUGGCUCUAAACGUAUUAAAAGUAAUCCGAAGUCAUUGUCGAACUCCAGAAUUGGUACGAGUAGUUCACGUGACCUGUCGGGCGAACAAGAAAUAGGUCCAGAGAGGACAUCUACAACGGGGUCGUGUGCCAGUAGUUCGCGCCGGCGUUCCUCCCGCCUCAAUACCAAAGCGCCAGUCAAUCCGUCGUUGACUUCUAGUUCCGGUGCCGGCACGUCAUCCUUCGCACCUAAUUCUGCCUCUAAUUCUGGAGGAGGGAGUGGAAGACAGGCACUGAUCAGGAGUAACACUAGAAGUGGUGGUAUGGAUGAAGAUGUCUCCAAUGCAGACACUUCUCGAACCGAAGCCUCAUCUUUGAGCACCGCGUCGGCCAGUCUGACGGCCGCCGCCCAGUCGUCAGUCGCCGCAUCGGUAGCCUCUGUGGCCAAUGUGUUGGUGGGCUCAGCGGACAGUGAGUCGGAUGACAGCGAAAUGGGACGCCUGCAGGCCUUACUCGAAGCCAAAGGGUUGCCACCACAUCUAUUCGGCGCUUUGGGACCUCGAAUGCAACACCUGUUGAACCGGUCGAUUGGCACCAGUAGUAGCAGUAAAGCUCAUCAACUCCUGCAAGGAUUGCAAGCGAAUGGAGACGAAGGCCAACAAUUGCAGGCUGUGAUGGAAAUGUGCCAACUCUUGGUUAUGGGCAAUGAGGACACACUCGGAGGCUUCCCAGUGAAACAAGUCGUGCCGGCGCUCAUCACUCUGUUGUCGAUGGAACACAACUUCGAUAUCAUGAACCACGCGUGUCGUGCCCUCACGUAUAUGAUGGAGUCGUUGCCGCGCUCUUCGGCUGUAGUCGUGGACGCCGUUCCCGUCUUUCUCGAGAAGCUUCAAGUGAUUCAGUGCAUGGAUGUGGCCGAGCAGUCGUUGACUGCGUUGGAAAUGCUGUCCCGACGUCACAGCAAAGCCAUACUUCACGCUCGAGGAGUGUCUGCGUGUCUCACAUAUUUGGACUUCUUCUCGACUAAUGCCCAGCGCUCUGCCCUUUCGAUUACAGCCAAUUGCUGUCAGAACCUAACCAUCGAUGAGUUCUCCUUAGUUCAGGAAUCGCUCACAACUCUGAGCUCCCAUUUGACGCAUUCAGACAAGAAGUCCGUUGAAAGCAUAUGUUUGGCGUUUUCGCGAUUAGUUGAUUGCUAUCAACUCGAGUUCGCUAUUAUUAGUGAAAUAGCAUCCAAUAGUUUGUUAACUAAUUUGCAGCAACUCUUGAUUGUCAUACCGCCCGUCAUCAGCACCGGUACCUUCGUUAGUGUCAUUCGAAUGCUGUCUAUCAUGUGUUCCUCAUGUCCUGAAAUAGCGGUCCAACUCUUGAAACUAAACAUUUGCGAAACCCUUCGCUAUCUACUGCUGGGCUCGAGUGCCACGAAAGAUGACAUGGAAUUAGUGAACCGCAGUCCACAAGAACUCUUUGAGAUCACGUCUCUGAUCGGAGAACUGAUGCCUCGUUUGCCGACUGACGGCAUCUUUUCUGUGGACAAUCUUCUCUGCAAACAAACUGGUGUUCAAAUGGAAGCCAUACUCUGGCAAUGGAAGGACGACAGAGGUUUAUGGCAUCCGUACAGCAAUAUCGACGGCCGGAUCAUAGAAGCCGCCCAUCAGUCCGGCGAAGAUGAGAUCAGUUUGUCAGCGAUGGGCAGGACUUAUGUCAUAGAUUUCAAUUCAAUGCAACAAAUCAACGAAGAGACGGGAACCUCACGUGCCGUUCAGCGCCGAGUCAACUGCGCCACUGAUGUCGCCUCUCUCUCCCAAACCACUGGACGUGCUGUCGAUCCGCGCGCCGACAGUCUGGAGAAGGAGCCCGAGAUGGCGAGUGCUUUCGUCAAAUCACUUUUCAAUGUAUUAUAUGAAGUGUACAGUAGUUCCGCGGGACCGGCAGUUCGCCAUAAGUGCCUCAAAGCAUUGUUGCGUAUUAUAUACUAUGCAUCCAAUGAUUUAUUGAAGUCAGUGCUCAAGAAUCAGGACGUCUCGAGUCAUAUCGCAACGAUGUUGGCCUCACCCGACCUCAGGAUCGUUGUCGGCGCCACUCAAAUGGCGAACAUUCUUAUGGAGAAAUUGCCCGAAGUUUUCGCCAUUUAUUUCCGGCGCGAAGGUGUUAUCCAUCAAAUCCAGAAGCUUUCCAAAGGGGAGGAGAGUGUGGACUCCUCUUCCACUUUGAUGUCUCCGUCAGCCAUAACCUCACUUCCCGUCUGCAAAAUGGAACCGAUUGCUGGUUCCAGUUCCGCACCCGUCUAUCCAUCACAAUCUCAUUCAGUGUUUUUCGAGACCACAAUGAAUAUAAGCCCUCCGAACAGCUCAUCACCACUGGAGGCGUCGCCUCCCUGUGAUGUGUCGACUGAGAUGUUUGCGAAUACAGUUCAAAGUGCUCUACAAAACGGAUUUAAUAAUAACGUAUCCAACUGUGCGUCCGCCCAAUCACUCACUUCUCUUAGCACUUCAGUUCCCGUCACUCCCACAGCCUCUUCACCGGACAUCCUGUCCGCUCGCAGUGCCGAAGACACCGUCGCUGUGUCCGACCAUUUAGUCAACACCGGAGCUGAUGAGACACUUAAGCGCAAGAGAACUCGAAAGGCUGUGAACGCCAGCAGUUCCGGUGUCACCCGAAAGACUAGAAGCGAAUGUGAUAACAAUUCUUCACUCAAUUUGCGAAGUUAUGCCACUCAUAGCACCCACAGCUCUGCCUCUAAUCUGAACCGAAACUAUUCAACUGAAUCUGAAAUGACGACAACUCUGACCACUCCUUAUAUAUCUCUCCCGAUAUUUAUCGGCGACAAUACGUCUGCCAAUAACAACGUAUCCAAUCUGUUGAGCGCCACCUCUUCAGUGCCAACGCAUACCACAUCCCAUAGCAGUCGUGGCCGCCCGGCCUUCAGAUUCAGUUCGGCCGCCGCGAAGACGAGCGCUUUCUUUCAAAGCCUACAUCCGGCGCGUUGGGGCCGUUGGAACAACAGCUCACCCGCUCUCGUCUCUUCCAACAGUGGCCUCUCCUCCGGACGCUCUCAACUCGUCGCCCAUUCCUCAGACCACACCUCUAUCUCCAGAACCUCUUCGCCGCGAUCACCAAAUAAUAGCGGAAACAGAGAGAAGAUUCGACUUUGGAUUAAAGAACAGGCGAAGGCUUUUGAGGACAAAUACUUCAAGGAUGAGGAGUCGACUGAAGUGGGCGACGCCUACACUAAAUCCCAUCCCUCUCUUAAUAUUCUGAAUCGUUUGACGAAAGCCAUUGAAAUGUUGGGCGACAACCAUAUCAAAGCACUCGAAGACAUUCGAUCCGUUGUCAUGGAGGGCGACAUCUCGUCGUUUGAGUUGAACCACUCGGGACUCGUCACCCGUUUCCUCCAUUUCCUCGUCUCUAACAACGACUCAAAUGAAUGUCGCGAUCAAAGACUUCGCAGUUUUCUUCACGUCUUCUUCGGUACUCCACUCGAAGACACUUUUCAAUUGGAUUCCAUAGUGUCUGCAAAUGUAGACUACGCGCCCCUUUCGGCGUUAGUCAAUAAGUUGAACGCCUGUGUCUCCCAAUUGGAACAGUUUCCGGUCAGAGUUCACGACUUGGUCGGGUCGGGCACCGGUAGCAUUCGUGGUGCCAGUGCUCUAAAGUUUUUCAAUACUCACCAAUUGAAGUGCAAUUUGCAAAGACAUCCCGACUGUACUAAUUUGCGGCAAUGGAGGGGAGGACCCGUCAAAAUAGAUCCGUUGGCUUUGGUUCAGGCCAUUGAACGCUAUUUAGUGAUCAGAGGCUACGGAAAGAUCAGGGAUGAGGACGAAGACGCCAGCGAUGACGACAUCUCAGACGAGGAGUUCGACGACAAUAUGGCUGCGAUGAUGAUCAGUCAGAAUCAGGGACGACAUCGACUCCAGUUCUAUAUCGGCGAACAACCCCUGCCUUACAAUAUGACUGUCUAUCAGGCUAUCAAACAACACGCUUACGGACACAACACUCACAACUCCGAUGGACACGAGACGGACAAUGAGUCGGAGACGCCUAUGGGUCACGCGAACAUAUGGGUGGCCACUCAUACCAUUCAUUACAAAGCCUAUGUCGAGGGUGUGUGCAGUCCGUCGACCGGAUCCAAUGCCAUCGCUAACUUAAGUUCCAGUCAAUGCCUAACCAAUAGAAACUCAAACAAUAGUAGUAAUCAAAACUGUAAUAAUCAAAGUGGAAAAAAAGGCAGUAAAGGAAGUUCUGGUGGAAAGGGAUCCAACAAAAAGAAAGACGAGCUCUGGAUUGAAGGCAAAGCGCCGUCCGUCUCGUCGCCUUUAGAUUCAUAUCUUAAGCCUCAUUUGCCAUCUUCUAUAACAGUCCAAGACUUGUCUCUAGAAGUGCUUUCACUGUUAAGAGUCAUAUACGGUCUGAGCCGCCAUUGGGGUUGGCUCUACCAACUGCCCGAUCCGUACAACAGUGCUCUACCUCUUCAAGACUUUAUUAAUGUCAAACUCACGGCUAAAGCCAAUCGUCAACUUCAAGACCCACUGGUGAUAAUGACGGGCAAUAUCCCGAACUGGUUGUCCCAAAUCGCCUAUUCGUGUCCAUUCCUGUUCCCAUUCGAGACGAGAUACCUAUUGUUUUACGUGACCUGUUUUGACAGAGACCGGGCUCUCCAGAGGCUCUUAGACAGUGCGCCCGAACUGACGGGAAGUGAUUCCAGCGAAAGAGUGACCCCAAGACUGGACAGACGGAAGCGAACGGUUUCGCGCGAAGACAUACUAAAACAGGCGGAAACCGUUUUACAUGAUUUGGGAAACUCGAAGGCAUUGCUUGAAAUACAGUACGAGAACGAAGUCGGCACUGGUUUGGGGCCAACCCUCGAGUUCUAUGCCCUCGUCUCCAAAGAACUACAGCGCGCAGACCUCGACAUGUGGAGGGGAGAAGCCGUCUCCGCACCCAAAGUAGUCGUCCAUCAGCCCAACCAUAAGAUAACCGCCACUUCUUCGACAACUGCUAAUGAAAACCAAAACAAUAAUCAAAUUCAAACCAAU